UGGCUGGUUGGCUGGCUGGCUGCGCGCGCUCUCCUUCGCCCUCCUUUCCCGGCCAGGUAGAGGCCCACCCUCUGCUUCCCUGGUAGCGGGUGGGUCCGGAGGAGGAGGAGGAGCACCAGCAGCAGUAGCCGCCCCCGCCGCCUGUAGUUUCAGCACCUCGGAGAGCGGCUGGAGGGAGAGCCGCCGCGGGAACCGCAGCAGCGCCGGCGCGCAGGGCGAGGCGAAAGACUGCGUCGUCGCCUCACAACUCCCCUCACAGCCAGAGGGACGGGCGCUUUUGGCGCUGCCUGCCAUUGCAGCUGUCCCGGCGCCAGCCUUGCAGUCUUGGCAGGAGAGCUCGGUGAGGUGGUGGCAGGCGCCUCUCUCGCCCACUUGGGAACCGUCCGGUGGGGUGUGCUUUCCCCUCAUUCCGAGGCGCAGUUGUUUGUCGGAGGUUUGGGUUCCAGGUCGUCGUCGUGCUGCCUGCACCGCCACAGACGUGGCCCACAGAGACCUACUUGAGAGCCGCGCUUUCUAAAGCCAGGCCCUUCCUGCUCUGAGGGACAGCCAGCCAACAAGUUACUUGCUGGCCCGCUCGGGCCUCUCGCUUGGCCUCUCCUCGCUCAGCGACCCGCUCCUGCGAGGGCCCCAUUCGGACGCUUUUGCUUUCCUCUCAAUUCCCGAGAGACGAUGGGAGGCUACGUCGGGAUUAACACGCCGUGUUUGGCUUCCCGGAGCCCGGCAGCGGCUUUAGCGAACGUUGCGGUUCGGGGUUGAGGAGGCGAGCGAGACCCGUCAGGACUGCUGGAGCCGGAGAGAUCCCCAUCCAGGUUGCCAGGGAGGGAGAAUGCCGCCCAGCCAUAACCGCGAGGGUUAUUUGGAUGUACCGGAAGCAGCCUGCUGAGGGGCAGUUGAUUACUCACCCGAAAAGAUUCCGAAUGCAAAGGUUGACGGGGAAGAUCGCGAAGGAUCUGCAAUUGCUGUAGGUGGCAGGCAAGCUGCUGUAGCAGCUGCAGGAGCCAGCGCUGGAGCUUGUAUUUAAAACAUACGCAGACGGGAGAGAAAGAAUCACCGAGGUUCAGAUAAAACCAUCUGUUACAGAAGGUGGCCGGGGCUUUGUAACACCAAUUACUUCAAUAUGGAAAUACAUUUUUUCACAAGAGGUGGUGAAAGUCAACAUGUCAGUGAGUUCAUAGGCCAUUAGGGCAGUUUGAAUGCUGGCUUGAAUUCUGAUGGAUAGUAUUUUUUAAAUAUAUAUACACAUAUACACAAUGUGGAUUCUUUAUAAACGACUUCCUGUGAGUACCUAUAAUUCAUCCGUUCUGAAUUCCUCAAGUUGGGUUUGCUGAAUUUGUGGGAUUCUGCUCUCCCAACCCUUUUUAAGAGUUUUGAUAAAAUGGAGUCUUUAUAUACUUCCGUCAGUAAAUCACCAUACUGAUAAUCCUGUUAAUUCAAAAGACCAUUUUGCUGCAUCACUGAAACAUUAGAAAGGCACUUCAUUUUGCUUUCCACUUUGGGGUUGCUAAAUGUGAACCUCACCAAGGCAAGCAGUUUUUUCUCCUCUGCAAAAACCCUUUCUAAGAUUACUUUCUUCUUCAAAAUGAAGAAAUUUAAUUUUCACAAAGUUUUGGAUGGUUUAACUUCAUCCCCGAGUGGAAGCAGCAGCAGUGGCGGCAGUGGCACUGGGCCUGGAAGUGGUUCUGUGCACUCGGGAGGAACUGCAGGGACUCCCAGAGAGGAAAUCCAGGAGACUCUCACUUCAGACUAUUUUCAGUUAAGCAAGACAGUUCGCCAUGGGUUUCCUUAUCUUCCCACUGCCUUAGCUUUUGACCCAGUUCAGAAGAUUCUGGCUAUUGGGACAAGAACAGGUGCUAUUCGAAUAUUGGGCAGACCAGGUGUUGAUUGUUAUUGCCAACACGAAGGUGAUGCUGCAGUUUUGCAGCUUCAGUUUUUGAUCAAUGAGGGUGCUUUGGUCAGUGCAAGUUCAGAUGACAUGCUCCACUUGUGGAAUCUAAGGCAGAAACGGCCAGCAGUUCUUCAUUCGCUGAAAUUUACCAGAGAAAGAAUUACUUUCUGUCACUUACCAUUCCAAAGCAAAUGGCUCUAUGUUGGAACAGAGAGGGGAAAUACUCACAUUGUGAACAUUGAGUCGUUCAUACUUUCUGGAUACGUUAUCAUGUGGAACAAGGCCAUAGAACUAUCCACAAAGACUCAUCCUGGCCCCGUGGUGCACCUAAGUGAUAGCCCAAGAGAUGAAGGGAAACUGUUGAUAGGCUAUGAAAAUGGGACUGUGGUAUUCUGGGACUUGAGAUCCAAAAGAGCAGAUUUAAGACUAUACUAUGAUGAGGCUAUUCAUUCUAUUGGAUGGCAUAAUGAAGGGAAGCAGUUUAUGUGUAGUCAUUCUGAUGGCAGCUUGACUUUGUGGAAUCUAAAAAGUCAAAGCAGACCUUUCCAGAUAAUUGUUCCACAUGGUAAGAUUCAACGAGAUGGGAAAAAAGUUGAAUCUUGUAAACCAAUUCUUAAAGUAGAAUACAAGACCUGUAAAAAUAGUGAGCCUUUUACCAUUUUUUCUGGUGGACUUUCUUAUGACAAACCUUGGAGAAGACCAAGUCUGACGAUCAUGCAUGGAAAAGCAAUUACAGUACUUGAAAUGGACCAUCCCAUUGUCGACUUUUUAACUCUUUGUGAAACUCCGUACCCAAAUGAAGUGCAAGAACCCUACGCUGUAGUUGUACUAUUGGAAAAAGAUCUCAUUGUCGUUGAUCUGACUCAAAGCAACUUUCCAAUAUUUGAAAAUCCUUAUCCCAUGGACAUUCAUGAAUCACCAGUUACCUGCACAGACUAUUUUGCUGACUGUCCUCCAGAUUUGAUUCCUGUGCUAUAUUCCAUAGGCGCUAAGCAUAAGAAGCAAGGAUACAGCAAUAAGGAGUGGCCUAUCAGUGGCGGAGCAUGGAACCUUGGAGCACAGACGUAUCCUGAAAUUAUCAUAACAGGUCAUGCAGAUGGAGCAGUGAAAUUUUGGGAUGCUUCUGCCAUUACACUGCAGAUGUUAUACAAGUUAAAAACCUCAAAGGUUUUUGAAAAGCAGAAGUUAGAAGGAAAACCAACGCCAGAAAACAUGGAAGAGGAUCCUUUUGCCAUCCAGUUGAUGUACUGGUGCCCUGAAAGUAGACUAUUUUGUGUAGCAGGAGUCUCUGCAUAUGUUAUUGUUUACAGAUUCAGCAAGCAUGAAGUUAAUACUGAAAUCUCAUCUUUAGAGGUGCACCUCCAAAGUGAAACCGAAGAUAUCAUUAGUCCCGAGGCAGAAAUGAUUUCUCCAUUUCCAAAUGCCUCUUCCCCCCUUCCAUCUUUAAAAGAUCUCUCAGGCAGUACAAACACUGUGGCAUCUGAAGGAAUGAUGAAGGACAGUAUCCCAUGUCUCAGUGUUAAGACUCGUGCUGUGAAGAUGCCUCCUGGUUACCAAGCGGUCCUUGUUAUUCAGUUGGUGUGUGCUGAUGGCGACUCUCCCCAACAGAUAACCAGCCUAACAGCAAACUCGGCAUACGGCUUAGUUGCAUUUGGAAACUGCAAUGGUUUGGCUGUUGUGGAUUUUAUUCAGAAGACCACACUGCUGAGCAUGGGAAGUCUUGAGCUCUAUGGGUCAAGUGAUCCUUAUCAACGCCAGCCUCGUUCUCCUCGCAGAAGCAAGCAGUUUACUGCAGGUCUUACUGAGCUAUCAGAUGGUCCAGUGUCACUGGAGCUGGAGAGAUGCAAGUCUCCCACAACUUCAGAUCACGUAAACGGACACUGUACAAGUCCAACUUCCCAAAGCUGCAGCUCUGGAAAAAGGAUGUCUAGUGCGGACGUUUCAAAAAUAAACCGCCGUGGUUCUGGAAAGCCUCCAUUUAGGAAAGUGCAAUCUGCUGCUUGCAUGGAGAUUUCUUUGCCAGUGACAACAGAAGAAAACAGAGAGAACUCCAUCAGCCAUUCUCGAAGCUCCAGUGUCUCCAGUAUAGACAAAGAAUCAAAAGAAGCAAUUACAGCAUUGUAUUUCACAGAGUCGUUUUCGCGAAAAAAUGACACAACAGUGUCUCCUUGCCUUUGGGUUGGUACAGGCCUUGGUAUGGUCUUGACGAUAUCCCUUAACCUGCCCACUGCGGAUGAAUUGAGGCAGACAGAGCCUGUAGUCGUUUCUCCAAGUGGUACCAUUCUGUCACUGAAGGGAGCAGUGUUAACGUUCGGUUGCUUAAGCUGCACAGGGACCCUAAUACACCCACCCUAUGAAACAUGGAGAGAUCCAAACAGCACCGACGAAAGUGAAAGAACAAGAAAAAGAAAACUCGUCAUGCAUUCUCCAUGCUCAUCCCAGGACAUGGGAGACCACCAGUUUGCUGUUAUCUGUUCAGAGAAACAAGCCAAAGUUUUUUCACUGCCUUCCCAGAUCUGCCUCUAUGUUCACAAUAUCACAGACACCUCCUUUCUCUUGCGAGCGGAUGUGGUGACCAUGUGUAACAAUGCUUGCUUGGCAUGCUUCUCUGCCCAUGGGCAUAUCAUAAUACUGAGUUUACCCAGCCUCCGCCCAUUGCUAGAUGUUCAUUAUUUGCCUGUAACGGACAUGAGGAUUGCUCGGACCUUUCGUUUUACCAACGAAGGACAGGCAUUGUAUCUUAGUUCUCCCACAGAAGUCCAGAGAUUGAACUACAGCCAGGAGAUGUUUGACAAUCUGCAGGACAUGCUUGGGGAGUUGUUCACUCCGGUGGAAACUCCUGAGGCUCAGUACAGAGGCUUUCUGAAGGGGCUGUUUGGUGGAACUGGAGGCACACUCGACAGGGAAGAGCUCUUUGGUGAGGCUACGGCAGGAAAAGCAUCUCGCAGUCUUGCUCAGCACAUCCCUGGAUCAGGUGGCGUUGAAGGGGUGAAAGGAGCUGCAGGAAGCGCAAUUGGAGAGUUGGCUCGUGCACGCAUUGCUCUUGAUGAGAGGGGGCAGAAACUGGGGGAGCUCGAUGAAAGGACGGCGAGAAUGAUGGCGAGUGCAGAAGCUUUCUCCAAACAUGCACAUGAGGUAAUGUUGAAAUACAAGGACAAAAAAUGGUACCAGUUUUGACUUUUAACCACGAAGCAACACUUCUGUGUACUGAGAACAGGUGUCAAAGGACCUUGAGGCCUUAUUCUAAAAAUCCAGUCAUUGGGCAGAAGCAGCUCCUUGGAAUCCCUUUCACACUAGAUAAUCAAGCGAGAAGAACUUUUUCAGAGACCUACACGUGGUGGGUCUUUGUAGUCAAGUCUACACUGAGUCUCUCCCCCUCUCCACCACCAGAACAAUCAUCUUUAACAGGUAAUGAUUUCACUGGAAUUAGGUUUGAACUGUGGGGAGGACUGUUGAUAGUUUAAAAUGUCCUGUACAAAAUAGAUUGUUAAUGCAUUUAAACUUAAAACUUUGCAUGACUAAUUGACUUCUCAUACAACAAAGGCGCAAAAGCAAAGCAUGCUGUGAUUGAAGAAAAGGGAUUUACUUCUAAGUUCCACAAAAGAAAUAAGCAGCAAAACUUUCUUUUUAAAGCAAGAAGUCAGUACAUCUCAAGCAUGUUGCUCUCAACAGACCAUGCCCUGCAUUUCUCUCAUUUGACAUUCCUUUUCUGUAGACAAUCUUAGUUUGAAAACACUUGUGCAUUUCAUUAGUAGAAAAAUAAAGUAAGAUUAAACUUCUGUGGCCAAAUUAUGGUGCUUUAUUUAUGCAACAGUCUACGUUAGUCGAAGCCCAAUAGGACAUCAUGUAGCUGUAAGAAAGGAUAACCUUUGCUGGUGAUUGGAAAUCGCAGCAGGAUUGUAUAAAUACUAGCUGCUUUCCUUUUCACUGCUAGUGUUGGAAAAGAUAGCAAUUAAGCAGUUUAGGCCAAUAAAUUAACCCCACUCAUUGCUGUGAUCUGUAAGCAUGCCCAACACUGAGGGAGACUGAUGACCCAAUAAAGGGGAAAUCAGAAGGUGCCUUGGAGGGAGUCUGAGGUGAGGAUUCAGGACUAGGUUCCAGCAUUUCAGGGGGUUUGACUAGAUGACCCUCAGGAUCCCAACUCUGGCCCACUAUUUAUGAUGAAACCACCAAGUUUGUAUCAGAGGCGGUUUUAGGGUAGUGCAACUAGUUCGGUCGUACUGGGCUCCACAACAAUGCUGUAGAUCUGAGUGCAAGAGGGAGUGAAUUUUAGUGUCAAAUAAGAUGCCACUAAAAUUUGGAAACCCAAAGUCUGCCACUUAGGGCUUUUAAGGUUGCAUAAAUUGUAUAUGAUGCACUCAGGCAAACAAAGUGGAACCUUAUUUUUUUAGUUAAUCAUGAGCUUUCUAAUUAAUAGUAAUAAUACUGGUAAUUUUAUUUGUACCCCACCCUGAGCCGGGCUCAGGGUAGCUAGCAUCAUAAAACUAACACAGUAUACAAAGAACAUAAAAACAGGCAUUCAGUUAAUAAAAAUACAUCUUAAAAUUAGUUCAGAGCAAAUUAAAAUCUGGACAGAUGGCAGUCCACGCGUAAAAUUGAGUGUGGUUAAUAUUCUCCAGGGCCAACUGUUACCACUGGCCUUAUAAAGGACCUGUGAGCAGGCUAGGAGGCCUCUUUAAUGUUUGUUCUUAUACAGAAAGAAAAGAAUCAGACGGAACCCUGACGGAACCCUGACGGAACAGCUCUGUCUUGCAGGUCCUGCGGAAAGAUGUCGAAUCCCGUAGGGCCCUGGUCUCUUGUGAGAGAGCUGGGGGCCACGGCCGAAAAGGCCCUGGCUCUGGUUGAGACCAGUCUAAUCUCCCUGGGACCUGGGAUCUUCAGGGUGUUAUUAUUUGCAGACCUUAAGGUCCUCCAUGGGGCAUACCAGGAGAGGCAGUCCCGUAGGUACGAGGUUCCUAUGCCAUAUAGGGCUUUAAAGGCUAAAACCAGCACCUUAAACCUGAUCCUAUACUCCACCGGGAGCCAAUGCAGCUGGUAUAGCACCGGAUGAAUGUGCUCCCACGGCAAGGACCCUGUGAGCACUACACAUAAGAAAUUAUUGUUAAAACACAUCUAAAACUCACAUGCAUAG